UGUGAUUACCAAAUCAAAACAAUCAGAACUGUUCAUGUAACAUUGUGCAAAAAUCAUCGAUUUAUCUUUUAUUUUAGUUGUUAGCGAGAUCCGUAGUUCAGAAGAAAUGAAAAUUUUAUUUAACAUCAUACUUCGGCAACGUUUGAAGCCAAGAACGUAUGGAACUAUUACGAAAGUUGCUAGUUUACCCGCAUAUCGAUGCCGGUUUGAUCGCUAUCUGCAUGAGCGAAGUUAUAGUCUGUUACCGGUUGGAAUUGAUAAAGGGAACAAUGUUGGAAUACGAAACUUUGUGAGCGAGACGAAGAAGCUGGGCUUCAUAAACGAUAAGACUACAACAGCUUUACUAGAUGAAAUGGGAGCAGAGGCGCGUAUCCACCGACGAGUCCAGUUCGAGAAACUGAAUAAAAUUCUAGCCAAACCAGAAGCCAUCACCAAUGUGUCGUAUGAUUUUCUGCUUGGUUGCUGUGGUCGGUUGCUGAUGGAGCAACCGGUAGCAGCUCGAAUUAAACUCUUCCAAGCUAUCUGGUUCAUGGCAGGGGAACCGUCGGCUACAACUGCGCUAAGCCGUUGGAAGAUAUUGUUAAAGGUUUAUCGCGAAAAUUGUGUCGACUUGGAAGAGCAAGAAAUUGGGCAGUUUUUGGAGAAGGUCAAAGUACCGAUGGAUGAAGAGUUCUUACAGCUACUGCUAGCAGUAGUCAGUGAGCGAGGAGAUGUCCACCGAAUGCAGGAAGUAAUGGAUAUAGCCCUGCGAGAAGGCUACCAGCUAAGUAAUGAGUUCGGCAGAAUUUUGAUAAGAGGCUAUUUUAGGAGCGGAGAUCUGUCGUCUGUGCAGACAGUUUUGGAUCAUUUGAGCGCCAAGAGCAUUUACUUGAACGAUAAGAUUUACGGAGAACUGAUUGUUGGCCGGAUAGCAAAUAAGCAGAUUGAUGAUGCUAUGGAACUAAUCAAGGAAAAAGGGAAGCUUCUGAAAAAAGAUUACGUUGUUGAUGCCAUUAAGGAAGCUUUAUUGAUAGACGAUAAGCAAGUGCUUGGGUUACUGGUAGAACUGUUACCAGCGAACAUGCUAGAGGACACGGCGCUUGAUCCGAUACUAAGAAAUCUUUGUUCGGAUUUAAUUGUCUUGGACAAGUUCGACGCCGUUCGCACUCUAUUGGGUGCUCUGCCGAUUCCACACUUUAGUGAAAAUGAAAAUUGCGACACCUAUGGAACGGCGGUUAUAUUUGAAAUGAUUAAAACUAAAGUACCGUUGCAGGAAGUUACGUUGCUGGUUGAGUUUCUCGUUAAAACCAACCGAAACCUAAGAGCACUCCAUGUUGCUUGCGAUUGUGCUGCUAAAUCAAGGAUUGAUGUUUAUCCAGAUUUACUAGGAUUGCUUCGAGAACAGGAAGACCUACGGCCACAUUAUUUCUGGCCGUUGAUUAUUCAAAGCUUUAAUAAACAAAACGAGGCUGGCGUUCUCGAUGUGCUGAAACUGAUGCAACGACUCGGAACCGAGCUGGAUGCGGAAACGUUGUCUGUAUUUGUUCUUCCCAAACUGGCAAUAACACUGAAAGAUGUGCGUGUAGCGUUAAAACAGUUCGAGGAUCGAGGCAUAAAAAUGAGUAUUUUAUUGACUCCGCUUGUUUCUCACUUGCUCCAUCAGGUGCGAUUUGAUGAUGUGAGCCAAAUUGUUAAGCUGUAUUCUUCAAAAGUAGAUACUUCAGCGCUGAUACGGCCACUGACGUUGCAGUUGACGGGCAAUAAAAGUAUGGAGCAGUUUCGUAAAGUAACUUUGGUUAUACGCGAUCUAGUGGCAAAAGCUCAAGAUUCUAAGCAUGAUUUGGCCGGGCAACUGCUAAUGGAAUUAAUCAGUAAUAAAAACUCUAAGCGCAACACCAGUUCUUUCAAGUCGCUCUUGAAGCAAUAUAAAAACGCCGGUUUAAGAAUUAGCAACAUCAGUGCCAACGUGUUGCGGAGAUCUAAUCAAAUGGAUUCCGAGAUGGAGGACCUAUUGAAGAGUUUGGUAGAUGAUAAGCUGACGCUUCCCCCUAAAGAUCUGGUUAACCCUGCAAUCGUUCACCCUCGCGAUAUGGGGUAUGAAGAGCUGGAAUGUCAUCUUAGUGAAUUAGAGGAAAAGAGGAUGAACGCUAGAGGAGUUUUACGGCGGUUGCUGCAGUUGUGCAUUCGAGAGAAUCGACUCGAACGAGCAGUCGAAAUUAAGCAAAAAUGUGACAAAGCAAACGUGGAUUUAAGCUCCGGAAUGAUGGCGUCCAUUUUCGAUUUACACAUCAAACUGAAAAACGUACAGGAAGCGGCUAGGACCCUGGAGCGAAUUAAGAUCACCUCUCCUGGGUUUUUGAUAGAUGAUCACAAAAUCAUUGAUUUUGCUACACUUCUGGUAGAGAAUGGCCUUACAACAAAUGCUCAGAAAAUUCUUCAGCAUCGCGCCGCAGCGGGUCCUAUUCGAGCGGGGAAUGCCAACAAAAACAUUUGGAAUUUACUGAAUACCAUAGCGCAUCAAGCAGCUGGAAACGAUCCUCGGUCCGCAAAGAAUCAAUCUUACGAAAUGUUGCAGUUUCUCGUUAACAAGGGAUAUUGUAUGUACGACAAUGCCAUCCUGGGUCCAGUUAUUCGAGAGUACCUUCUGAAACAUCAGAUCCUCAGUGCCAUCACCGAGUUCAAGCGAAUGGCCAAAGAAUAUCGCCGAACUCCGCUGCAGUUAGAAAUCUUCACUACCCUGGUUCGGUUGACAAACAGCAACGAUCCGGAAAUUUCGCCUGAAAGCGCAAAAAUCUUACUCGGAGAAGUGAUUCAAAUUGCUUCCUCGAUUCACGGUGCUGUGAACACCAACAAUGCGCUUCUAGUUGCCCUGGCCGAAGCCGGCACGGAAGCUCAGUUACGCCGAAUAUUGAUUAACCCCGAAACCCGUGUCAACCUUGAGUACAUUUUGACACAGUGCGAAUACCUCAUCGAUUCGGGCAAGUUGGAUGUAGUUCUUCGGCUAGCCAAGUGUUCCCGUGGGCUAGCGAACGUUAGGGAAGAAGAUUUUCUGUCACUGAUUAUGAAACAGUACGCCCGGGACAAUAACUGCGAGGCGGCAGUGGAGUUGUUCCAGCGACUGCAAGCAGAAGACGGUGAGAUGAAGAUUACCGGUGACUUUGCGAGAAAACUGAUCGACCUGCUGGAAGUGAACAGCUACGAAGUGCCGAGCGGGAUUCGGUUGUAUGCUAAGUGAACAUUCGACGGUUAAUGAUCUGAUGAGAGUCGGUCUAGUCGUAAAUAAAAAAAAAAUACAUGCGCUUUUUUCGUUGAACGUAAUUUUCAAGAUCUAUAAUAAUAAUGGUUUUGAACAUAAUCAUCCUCAUUCUUGUUUACGUCCGUAUCGACCAUAUCACGAACGGAUACUUUCGAACGAAUCCGAAUAUGGCAUUCUUAUUUACCUACACGGUAAACUGGAUGCACCUAGAAAUAAAUACUAAUGUGGUACUGCAAAAGUGAGUACAAAACUAAUCUAGAAUUCGAUUCAAUUUACUGGAGGAGACGAGCAAAUCAUCAGCUUGUUAAUCUUUCUUACCCAUAACUGGUUAAAAAGUAUCUCAAUAAUUUACCUAGAUUCUGAGUUUGUGCACUUUUAUUUGAUCCUGGGUGCAUUCUACUUAAAAUCUAACAAAAGUGCACAAACUCAGAGUCUAGGUAAAUUAUUGAGAUAUUUUUUAACCGGAUGUGGGUAAAAGAGAUUAAUAAGGAAAUUAUUUGCUCUUGUUUUCCUGUACACUUCACCAAAUUCUAGAUAACUUUUCUACUAACUUUCUGAGUACUACAGAAGUAUUUAUUUUUAGGUGCAUCAAUUUUACCGUGAUAGGACAGGACCAGACAACUGGCUUCUUUUUCCAGAAAAAUAUUUCUCUUCUUAUUCCGGUUGCUCCCUGCUGUAAAUAAUAAAUGCCUCGCGAUCACUGUUGCCAGUAGAGAUAAUUAUUCAUUCUGAAAACUUUCUCCCCUUAUAACAUGCAAUUAUUUAUCAUUUGAAAACACUGUUAUA